UAUAUUUCAACCAAUAGAAAUUUUGAGUGUCAUUCUCUGGCCAAUCAAAUUGAUUAAAUUCAAUGUAAAAUAGUUUCUGCAGUUGAUUCGCCCAUUUCGAUAACCACCCCUUUAGGUAGCCUAAUAUAGUCACAGAUGACAGAGGAAAGUGUUAUUUUGAGAAUUAUCUGACGAAACUGACGAAUUUUUGUGAUUUUUUGAGUUCCACAAAUAGAACAUAGUCGUAUUUUUAGUUUGAAGGAAAAAGAUGACAACAAAUGUUGACGAAGAACAAGCUCUCCGAGAAUGCGAGGCAUAUGUCCAAGCUCAUAAUAUACAGCAAAUUCUCAAGGAUUGUAUCGUGCAGCUCUGUGUAAAUCGCCCUACGAAUCCUAUUUCGUUUCUGAGAGAGCACUUUCAGAAGCUGGAACGAGAACAAGCUUUGGAUGCUAAACAGCAAAUAAUGUCUCCCGAAGAUACAGAAGAUUUGUCUCCUUUACCAGCUCACACCCAGCAGCCAGCCCGGCGUAGAGGGGGCAUAUCUGCAGAACCAGUGUCCGAGGAAGAUGCUACGAGUUAUGUGAAAAAAGUAGUGCCCAAAGAUUACAAAACAAUGGCUGCCCUGUCUAAAGCCAUAGCUAAAAAUGUACUUUUUUCACACUUGGAUGAAAACGAGAGGUCAGAUAUUUUCGAUGCUAUGUUUCCAGUUAACUGUCUUCCCGGUGAAUCCAUUAUUCAACAAGGCGACGAAGGUGAUAAUUUCUAUGUGAUCGAUCAAGGUGAAGUAGAAAUUUACGUAAACAAUGAACUUGUUACUACAAUUGGAGAAGGGGGUAGUUUUGGUGAGUUAGCUCUUAUUUACGGGACUCCACGUGCCGCUACUGUCAAAGCUAAAACUGAUGUUAAACUGUGGGGCAUAGACAGAGAUUCUUAUAGAAGAAUUUUGAUGGGUUCCACAAUAAGAAAAAGAAAAAUGUAUGAAGAAUUUUUGUCACGUGUUUCUAUACUUGAAAAUCUGGAUAAGUGGGAACGUUUAACUGUUGCUGAUGCUUUGGAGCCUGUUAGUUUUGAAGACAACGAAACUAUUGUUUGCCAAGGUGAACCAGGAGAUGAUUUCUAUAUUAUUGUGGAAGGCACUGCUAUCGUUAAGCAGAAUAGAGUUGAAGGUGAAGAGCCCACAGAGGUGGGACGCUUAGGACCCAGUGAUUACUUUGGUGAAAUUGCCCUGUUGCUUGAUAGACCUAGAGCUGCCACAGUUGUAGCAAUUGGGCCUCUAAAGUGUGUAAAGCUCGAUAGAGCUAGAUUUGAAAGAGUUUUGGGUCUUUGUGCUGAUAUAUUAAAGAGGAAUAUUACUCAAUAUAACAGUUUUGUGUCGCUUUCUGUUUAACAAAGAUUGUUGUAAAAAUAUUCCUAUUUAAUGGGUUGAAUUUGACUUGAGCCAAAUUGUAAAUCAUUUCUUGUUUUUUGGAAAUGAAUAUUGUGCUUUAUAAUUUGCUGUUUGUUUGUCUUGUGUUUAAAAAGUGCCAUCAAAAUUGGAAAUUUUAUAUAUUUUUUUAUACUGUUUAGUUCUCACUUUAAUCUGCAGAUUUAUUUUUUGAAGAGUUUGAUGGCACUUUUGGAGUCUUCUUAAAAAUUCUGUACUCAAUAAUAAUAAAUGAUAAAUAAUGUAUAUAUCUACUUAAUAUAAUCUUCCAUUAAAAAUAAUAACCACUAAAUCUGUUUUGUGUAUAUUAGCCGUAGGUAGGGCCUUUGUUAACUUAUUUAUAAAACUAUAUGAACAUAUA